UCAUGACGUCACGGUCACGACCCGCCCCCUGCAGGCUUUCAAGGACGCGUUCAAGUGUCUUCGGGGAGAGCUGCAAGCAUGCAAACGUCGAAACUGCGGUUGUCCGCCUUGGCGACGCUCUUGGCGGCGGCGUGUUUCUGCAGCUCGCGGGCGGAGGUGAUUGACGACGUGUUGGGGAGCCUCUCCAAGGGCGCCGCCUUCCUGGAACGCCAGCACCAGCACAUCAACCUGGACGGCGUGGUGGGCUUUCUCAUGCUGCAGGCUGAGCUGAAGGAGGCGGUGCGGACGUGGCCCCACUCUGACCCGGUCAGCUGGGCUCAGAGGACAGCGGCCGUGGAGCUGGUCAAGCAUCUGGACAGCAGCUUUGACAACGCGGUUGCCGCUCUGCGCCACAACGAUCCCAAGUACUACCAAGAGUUCGAGCCGCUUCUGUCAUGGAAGUUCUGGCAGGUUCGGCGGGAGCGCAGCAGCACCGACGCCAGCCUGGUGUACGCCGCCACCACCGCCAGCGAGUGCUACGAUGAGCAGCUCAGCGACAAGUGUCUCACGCUACUGCUCGGAACCUGGAAACAGAAGGGAACGCCGUGCAUCGUGACCAAGCCGUGCCGCGACACCAUGACCCAAUUCGGUUGUCCGCACUACUCGCUGUCCCACCAGCUGCUCUACUUCAUCAUCGGGAAAUUGAAAGGGUGUUCCAACCUGCUGAAGGGUGACACGCGAGCGUCCCGUGCCAACAUGACCGAGCGCAGCUACCAGAAGAUCUUCUGCUCCAACAUGAUGAAGACCAACCAGGAUAUCAUCGCCGACGGGCUCAGCCAGCAGACAGCCGACAUCUUCAUCGAGAACAUCCUCAUCUGCGGAUUGGCUGGCUUCUCCGACUUCUACAAAGCCGAUUGGCUGCAGCACAUCCUUCGGCUGCAGGACGUCGAGCUCGGCUGCUUCGGGCGUGACCGCAGCAUCAUCUCGCAGUGGAUCGGAGACGAGCUGCUGGAGCAACUGCAGCCUCAUCACCGCGUCAAGAGGAGGGAGAAGAUCCUUCCCGAUGGCUGCUCCAGUCACAUGACAGCGGUGGCGGUUGGCGCCCUGGGAGGAUAUUUAAACUUCUACCUGACGGAGCAGGACAUAACCAAGAGGCCCCUUUCCUGAUCGCCUGAUCCCACGGCACGCCUGAAACGGAAACUUUCUUCCUGCUCGCCUGCUUUUUCUCUUCGGGAAAUCUCAGACUGUAAAUCCAUUAGGACGGCAACAAAUAAUACAUUUAAGGUUGAGAAAGUCCCUCAGUGUCACGUAGAACUCCACGAAGGCCCCUUUUCAUCGAUACCUUUUUACCCUUUGUGUUCUUUGUGGACUGUCCUGCUCACAGACAAAAAAAAAAGUGAUAUAAAUAACAUCUAGUUAGAUGAACUGAGACAAAGCUGCCUGUAUUAUUUCCAUGUCAAUUAUUAUGUAUCGUAUGUGAAGCAUUAUACCGUAUAUUGUAAGUAUUUAAGGCUUUUUUUGUGCAUGAAGCAACAGUGUGUGUCGAACGAAACAUCCCACAUAAAAGGUCCACUUCAAGA